UUUUUUCCAAUUUUCCUUUUACAAAUAGUAAUGGGCCGCUCGCCAAUAAUGAGAGUUAGCAGGAUUGGGCUUGAAAUUUACAGACUUGGAGUGAGUGAGCUUCUUCUUCAGAUCCCUGUGUUCAAUCCUAAACCCUAAAGAUGAUGAGGAGAAGGAGACGAGUUUCUGUAGGGUCAAUUCUGAUAUUCGUUGCAAUUUUUGCGGGAAUCGGAUUGCUGCUGAUUCUCAACUUAAGACCUGUCCAUGAUGAUUCUCCAACGAGCCGCGAUUUCCCUGUUGAAAUUCACGACUCGGAGACUCCGACUCGGAGCAGCGAGAGUAAGAGUAAGAGAAAGAGAAAAUCGAGCUCGUGUGCUUCGGUGGAAGAGAUGGGAAAGGAGUUUGAAGGAGGAGGGUUUUGGGAUGAAAGUUUCAGAGUGAGGAAACUUAUUCAAAAUCACUUUGAAUUGAAUGGUGCUUUGAGAGUGCGGAAUCUUCCUCCACAACAGUUUUGCCAGCAUGGUUUUGUGCUUGGUAAAUCAGCAGAGGCAGGCUUCGGGAAUGAAAUGUACAAGAUCUUAAGUGGUGCAGCACUGAGUGUGAUGUUAAACCGGUCCCUCAUUAUUGGGCAAACCAGGGGAAAAUUCCCUUUUGGGGAUUACAUUUCUUAUUCCAACCUUUCUUUUACAAUGAAAGAAAUCAAGCAUCUGUGGAGACUUAAUAAAUGUGUAAACAAGUACGGAAGGCAACUGAUUAUGAGGACUGAUGACUUUGAGAAACCAAUGAAGACAAAUGUCCUGUGUAGCGACUGGAGGAGAUGGAAGCAACCUAUUAUAUGGUUCCAAGGUACAAAUGACGCUGUGGCAGCCCAGUUUUUCUUGAAGAAUAUACAUCCAGAGAUGAGGAAGGCUGCUUCUAAUUUAUUUGGAAAGCCAGAGGUUCUCCAUUCUCGGCCUAAUGUAUUUGGAGAGCUGAUGAGAGUGCUUAUAUCUCCUUCUGAAGAUGUUGAGCAAGCAAUCAAUUGGGUUAUCGGUGGAGUGGAUCCUGAUAUUUCUCUGCACAUGCGAAUGCUCAUGAAUAGGUCGGUGAGAGCUGCACAGGCAGCACUAAACUGCAUCAGAAAAGCUGUGCGCAAUCUUGGUAAAGCCUCAAGGCCCAGGGUGGUCUUAGUGUCAGAUACCCCCUCUCUUAUAAAAAGUAUUACACCGAAUAUAAGCAAGUUUGCAGAGGUAAUUCAUUUUGAUUACGAACUUUUCAAAGGAAAUAUAUCUGAUGGCGGUAAAAGAUUGCGAAGUUUAGAAUUUAGAGCGAAAGAUUGGGGCCCAGCACCCAGAUGGGUCGCCUUUGUGGACUUCUUUCUUGCAUCACGGGCAAAACAUGCUGUUGUGUCUGGUGCUCACAGGCGUGUUGGGACUACAUAUGCUCAGUUAAUUGCAGCACUGGCUGCAGCAAACAGUCUAGGGGACAGUCCAACUGGUUCGAAUUUUUCGUUCUUAAGCAGCUUUCAAAGUGAUUUGUUGAGAGAAGGUUUAAGAUUUCAGAUUGGUUGGGGACAUGUGUGGAACAGAUUUGCAGGUCCCCUUAGUUGUCACAACCAGCAUAACCAAUGUGCUUUCACACCACUUCUCCCUCCUGCAUGGUGGGAUGGUCUUUGGCAAUCUCCACUAACAAGGGAUAUUAAUAGGUUGGCAGACUACGGCAUCCAGUUAACCGGUUUUGGCACCAUUGAUGAAACACAUCUUCAGUCUUUUUGUAGCUCAAAGAAAGUUGUUGUGAAAACUAUUCCGUACAUAUUGUAAUACACCGUGUACUGAGGUUCCAUUGAUCCAUGCACACUGCAGAUUGCACAUUGCACACUGCAUUAGUCUUCCACUUUCUAUACAAUCAUUCUAGAACGCUCGUGCAGUUGUUUAAGUUGAGAUAUUUUGUGUUCAAUUUCUGUUGAGAAACAAGAACUUGUAUAUUGUGCUGAUAGAAUGAGAUGAGUAGGAGUUAUUUUUCUUGGCA